UCAGACGGUCCCCGCGGCGUCUGCGCGUGGGGAGCUGGUUGCCGCAGCAGCCGCCUGGAAUUGUGGGGAUUGUGUCUGCCCCUCGGCUGCCGGUCGGGAAGCCGAAGGCCUGAAAGUGUUGCCACCAGCCUAUCUCCAUCUGAGGCUGAAAUAAGCUGAUGGGAUUACCUCUGGAAGAAUACAUGAGAAACAAAGAGUGGUUGUCUUUGGUCUCUAACUAUGCCUCCCCAGGACUUGCCUCCUUCUAGGAUGGCUCUUCUGAGAAUGCUGCUUGGGCUGUUGAUUGCUUCCUGCUUCACCUUCUGCCUCAGUCAUCAGAACCCGGAAUUUGCACUCACGAGCCCAGAAAAGAGCAGCACCAAAGAAGCAGAGGGAAAGGAAACCACAGCAGAAGAGGAGCUGGACUCCGAGGUCCUGGAGGUGUUUCACCCAACCCAUGAGUGGCAGGCCCUUCGGCCAGGUCAGGCUGUCCCUGUAGGAUCCCAUGUGCGGCUGAAUCUCCAGACUGGGGCAAGAGAGGUGAAACUCCAAGAAGAGGAUAAGUUCCGAAGUAAUUUGAAAGCAUUGAAAAAAGGCAAAAGGCUGGACAUCAACACCAACACUUACACAUCUCAGGACCUCAAGAGUGCCCUUGCAAAAUUCAAGGAGGGGGCAGAAGUGGAGAGUUCAAAGGAAGACAAGGCAAGGCAGGCCAAGGUUAAACGGCUCUUUCGCCCCAUUGAGGAGCUGAAGAAGGACUUUGAGGAGCUGAAUGUUGUCAUUGAGACUGACAUGCAGAUCAUGGUGCGGCUGAUCAACAAGUUCAAUAGUUCCAGCUCCAGCCUAGAAGAGAAGAUUGCUGCACUCUUUGAUCUUGAAUAUUAUGUCCAUCAGAUGGAUAAUGCACAGGACCUGCUUUCCUUUGGUGGCCUUCAAGUGGUUAUCAAUGGGCUGAACAGCACAGAGCCCCUGGUGAAGGAGUAUGCUGCGUUUGUGCUGGGGGCUGCCUUUUCCAGCAAUCCAAAGGUCCAAGUAGAGGCCAUCGAGGGGGGAGCCCUCCAGAAGCUGCUGGUCAUCCUGGCUACGGAGCAGCCUCUCACUGCAAAGAAGAAGGUCCUGUUUGCGCUGUGCUCCCUCCUGCGACACUUCCCCUACGCCCAGCAGCAGUUCCUGAAACUCGGGGGGCUGCAGGUCCUGAGGAGUCUGGUACAGGCAAAGGGCACAGAGGUGCUGGCUGUGCGUGUGGUCACUCUGCUUUAUGACCUGGUCACUGAAAAGAUGUUUGCAGAGGAGGAGGCCGAGCUGACCCGGGAGACGUCCCCAGAGAAGCUGCAGCAGUAUCGCCAGGUGCACCUCCUGCCGGGCCUGCGGGAGCAGGGCUGGUGCGAGAUCACUGCCCACCUCCUGGCCCUCCCUGAACAUGAUGCCCGUGAAAAGGUGCUACAAACUCUGGGCGCCCUCCUGGCCACCUGCCGGGACCGCUAUCGUCAGGACCCCCAGCUCAGCAGGACACUGGUCAGCCUUCAGGCUGAGUACCAGGCCCUGGCCACCCUGGAGCUUCAAGAUGGCGAGGAUGAGGGAUACUUUCGGGAACUGCUGGGCUCUAUCAACAGCUUGCUGAAGGAGCUGAGAUGAGAUUCCUCCCUAACACCUGGACUGGACUGGGGCGCUGGUGAGGCUCAUGGGCACCAGCUUGGGUGGGCUCUUCAGGGAUACCAGGCAGGAGGGAGGACUUCCCUACUUGGGGCCUGGGGAUCAUCUGGGCAGUGCUGGCUUGGCCAUUAAAUGGAGGCAUGAGG